AACUGAGUCAAUAAUUACAAAGCAAAAUUCAAAACUUUUUCGAUUUUUUUUUAAAUCUGUGAAAAUUUGAAAGAGACAGUUAGUUGAAAAUGUCAGCAGGACAAAUUUGUGAAAUUUUGGAGAGGUUGAACAUAUCGUCUGAUCCGCUGAACGAUUUGGAGGAAUUGAAAACUGUGUUGUACACAAUUCAUCCUUCGACAUUGAGAGAAGCCAAUGCUAGUGGUCCAAUUUCCAAUUUUUCUCAAUUGUUCAAUUAUUUGAAUACGGAUAAAGUGGACCAACAGAAGCUAGUUUGUGAAACUAUAGAAAGACUACUAUCUGGUUUACUGCCAUCCCAGAUUUGUGAUAAUUUCAAACAAGAAAUAGAAAAUGGCUUGAACCAUUCAUCACCUGAUGUUAACUGCUUGUGUCUAACUGAGUUAUUGAGGAUAGCAAUAGAUGAUGUAAACAGGAUUAUAAGAUGGCCUGAUAUUAUAUCUAAAAUUAUCACUCAGUUAUCAAAUAAAUCUCUCUCAGUAGCCAAACUGGCCAGUGAUAUACUGGUUACUAUUGGUAAAAAUAGUAAUGGAAUUAACAGUAUUUAUAAUAACAGUAAAUUAACAGAGGUUAUGAGUCAAGAUGAUACAGUGAAGUUUAGAGUAUAUCAGAUAGUUGUAGAUUUGAGCAGAUUGUCCGAAGAAGGUUUACAAAUGUCAGUAGAGAGUGGUCUUCUUCAAAAACUUACAAAUGAAAUCUUUAAAGAUGACAUCUUACUGCAACUCAACGCUAUUGAAAUGUUGUCAGAUCUAAGUCAAGUAGAGCAUGGGCUUCAGUACCUUGAUCAAUCCAGUGUUUUAGCCAAGCUAGAAGAAAUGAUGAGAUCCACAGAAUCAGACCCAAUGUCUGGCUUACUUUUACCUGGUUUAGUAAAGUUUUUUGGCGGAAUGUGUCGAGUUCAUCCUAAAGAAGUGUGUAUGAAAUUUCCCGCCUUCAUCAACAUAGUCUUUAAUAACCUUGACUCUUCCGACAUCAGUCAGAAAAACGUUGCCAUAGAUACCAUAGGGUUUCUGGGAAGUACUGUGGAGGGAAAAUUAACGCUGGAAAAACUAGGACAACAGAUGACUAGGGGAAUGAAAUGCCUCGGUGGCCUGAUAAAAAGUACAAAGACAGAAGACCAACUACGAGCUUUGGAUUCAUUAACUAAUCUUAUAACACUCAGGGUGUCUGACCAAACAGAAGAAUUGCUAAGUUUAACAGAAUCCUGGUUCAACCAACUAAUGCCAGAACCGUUCCAAUAUGUCUGGUCGCUAUGCCAACGUCCAUUUUUAGAUAUACGGUGCACGGCAUAUAAUACACUAAAAGCUCUCGCGAUUUUACCAUGGGCUCAAAAAAUUAUGAACGAUACUCCAGGAUUUACAGAGUUUCUUUUAAACCGAUCCACGGAAACUUCAAAAGAGGGACGCGACUCUAAAUAUCAAGUUAUCAAAGCCAUUUUUGAAUCGCCAACAGUCUCGGAAAUUUUCGGAGAUCGUUUUUACGUUAAAGUUGCUGAAUAUUGUAACCAAGGGGCAUUUUACGUCCGAGCUCAAGCAGAAGUUGCCAUGGAAGAGGAAAGUUGAUCCAAAUUCUUUUUGUUUUUCUGUCACCAAAUUCUUGAAGAUUUCUUUCAGAUUUUCUUGCCAUCUAGUGGUUCAAAUUUAUAUUCUUAACCAAUCAUUGUUGUCGAUUUCGAAACUGGAAUAGGUUGGAAGCUAUUUGAUUGGACAAAUGUCAAACCAUUAAUAGCAGACUGCUUGAAAUGAAAAAUGAAGAUUUGUUUCCUGGAAUUUGUCAACAAAUCAUGCCAAAUGUUGUACUCCAUUAAUGAUAAUAAUUGCAAGCUUUUGAACAUUUGGCAUAUUUGGUUACAUGUUAAAAUAUGGUGUUUUUGUCAAAUUGUUCAAGUUUUUGUUUAUGAUAGAAACGGUUUUAAUUAAAAAUUAAAG